AUGGCUGCGCCAUUGCCGGAUACCACGCCGCCGCAGGUUGUGGUCGUGGCAAAUGCAGACCUUCCGGAGGCUUCAAGCGGUAGAUCUGCAUCCGUUGAGAAUCCCAAGGCGCCGCAGCUGGAUGUGAUGAGCUUCGAGUCGCCAAAGAAGAAGCAGAAGUGGUAUAAUCGACUCAAUCCCGUAAGAUGGCAGACUCCACCACCUGUUCCGGAGGAACGGUCCGUGUCGAGGGAAUACGGCGCUGGGUUUUUCAGUAUCAUUACUUUCCAGUGGAUGUCGCCUUUGAUGAAUGUCGGGUACCUGCGUUCGCUGGACUUACAAGAUAUCUGGACUGUGAACCCUGAUCGCAGUGUAGAUGUUCUAUCAGAGCGGCUAACCGCAGCAUUAGAGCGUCGCACAGCAGCCAAGAGCAAGCGUAUUUUGACAGGCGCCCUUUACGACACAUUUCGCUUCGAAUUUCUCCUCGGUGGCUUUUGUCAAUUCUGGAGUUCCCUUUUGCUGGUCUUUGCGCCCUACUUAACUCGUUACUUGAUCCAAUAUGCUACCGAUGCCUACGAAGCAAAAGAACUGGGCGUCCCAGAGCCAAAUGUCGGUCGCGGCAUGGGGUUUGUCAUCGGUAUUACUUUGAUGCAGGCCAUGCAGAGUAUAUGCACCAACCAAUUCUUGUACCGAGGCCAGAUGGUCGGUGGUCAAAUCCGCGCUGUUCUAAUCUCCCUGGUGUUUAACAAGGCCAUGAGACUUUCAGCUCGAGCAAAGGCAGGAGGAAAAGCGACCGACGAAGAGGUGGCGGCCCUUGAGACUGCUAGAGACGCUGCCCUCAACAAGGAAAUUGGCGAAAAGCCCGAAGAAAAGCCCGAGGAGAAGAAAUCUGAUAAGAAGGACUCGAAAGACGCAACUGAUGUCAAUGGAGUCGCCGGUGACGGUCGCGGAUGGAGCAACGGCCGUAUUGUGGCAUUAAUGAGUAUCGAUGUCGACCGAAUCAACCUCGCCAUGGGGAUGUUCCACAUGUUGUGGACAGCGCCUAUUUCCAUCAUCGUCACUUUGGUUCUUCUUUUGGUCAAUCUUGGUGUCAGUUGUCUUGCUGGAUACGGACUCUUGAUUCUGAGUAUGCCAUUUCUUAUCUACGCCAUGCGGUCUCUUGUCGUGCGCCGAAAAGCUAUCAACAAAAUUACCGACGAACGUGUGUCGCUCACUCAGGAAAUUAUUCAGGCCGUGCGAUUUGUUAAGUUCUUUGGAUGGGAAAGCAGUUUCCUUGGUCGGUUGAAGGCCAUUCGCGCCCGAGAGAUCCGUGCCAUUCAAACGAUUAUGGCAAUUCGCAACGGUAUUCUCUGCAUUUCGAUGUCUAUUCCUGUCUUCUCUUCCAUGCUGGCAUUCGUCACAUUCUCCCUCACACACCACAGCAUGAAUGCAGCUGAUAUUUUCUCUUCGCUUGCAUUGUUCAACUCUCUGCGUAUGCCCCUGAACAUGUUGCCUUUGGUGCUCGGUCAACUUGGUGACGCCAUUACUGCUGUGCAACGAAUUCAAGAAUUCCUACUUGCUGAAGAGCAGAAGGAAGAGAUUGAACACCUUGAAGAUAUGAAAAAUGCGAUCGAAAUUGAGCGUGCUUCAUUUACCUGGGAGCGCCUACCAAGCCAGGAAGAUUCUGCGAACGCUGGUAAGCUGGACAAGAAAGCAGCUAAGAUGUUUGAAGCUUCCAAAGAGAACGAAAAGACUGUGAAGGAGCAGCCCACAGAACCAUUCAAGCUUCGACACGUGGACCUUGAGGUCGGACGCAAUGAGCUGCUGGCAGUCAUUGGAACAGUUGGCUGUGGUAAGAGUUCUCUCCUCUCUGCACUUGCCGGUGACAUGCGUGUCACUGAUGGUAAGGUUCGAAUGAGUACUACUCGUGCUUUUUGCCCUCAAUAUGCCUGGAUUCAGAAUACAUCCGUUCGCAAGAACAUUCUGUUUGGUAAGGACUAUGAUGAAGCCUGGUACAAUGAAGUCGUCGAUGCCUGCGCCCUCACUCCAGAUCUCGAGAUUCUUCCCAACGGCGAUGCGACGGAGAUUGGUGAGCGUGGUAUCACAGUGUCUGGAGGACAGAAGCAGCGUCUGAACAUUGCGCGCGCCAUCUAUUUCAAUGCGGAGCUUGUUCUCAUGGAUGAUCCUCUCUCUGCGGUCGAUGCUCACGUCGGCCGUCACAUUAUGGACAAGGCCAUCUGCGGCUUACUGAAGGACCGAUGCAGAAUCUUGGCAACCCAUCAACUUCAUGUCCUCAAUCGAUGCGACCGAAUUGUCGUUAUGGACGAAGGUCGGAUCCACGCAGUCGACACAUUCGAUAAUCUCAUGCGCGACAAUCAACUCUUCCAACGCCUCAUGUCAACAUCAGGACAGGACGAUGCGGAGGAUGACGACGAAAAACACGAAGAAGACAUCGAUGAGGUUGAUGAAAAGGGCAAGGGUAACAAGGGCGCUGAACCUGGCAAGCCUGCCAACGUGUUAAUGACCCAAGAAGAGAUGGCCACUUCUUCUGUUAGUUGGAGCGUGUGGAAAGCAUACAUCAAAGCAUCUGGUAGCUACUUCAAUGCUUUUGGUUGUAUUUUCUUCCUGGUUCUUGCGAACGUUGCCAACAUUUGGACCAGUCUCUGGCUUUCUUAUUGGACUUCCAACAAAUACCCCCAGCUUUCCACUGGUGCUUACAUCGGCAUUUACGCUGGAUUGGCUACUAGUGUCACCAUCAUUAUGUUCACCUUCUCGACUUAUAUGACUACCUGCGGAACCAACUCAAGUCGAACAAUGCUUCAGCGUGCGAUGACUCGUGUGCUUCGUGCUCCGAUGUCAUUCUUCGACACGACACCUUUGGGCCGUAUAACCAACCGCUUCUCGAAAGAUAUUCAAGUUAUGGAUAACGAACUUUCCGACGCCAUGCGAAUCUAUGCAUUCACGAUGACUAUUAUCAUUUCAGUUAUGAUUUUGAUUGUCGUCUUCUAUUACUACUUCGUCAUUGCGCUUGUACCACUUCUCGUCCUAUUCCUGCUCGCCUCAAACUAUUAUCGUGCAUCUGCCCGCGAGAUGAAACGUCACGAAUCCGUUUUGCGAUCAAUGGUCUACGCCAAAUUUGGCGAGGCGAUUACUGGUGUCGCAUCUAUUCGAGCCUAUGGAGUGGAAAAGCAAUUCGAGCGAAGCAUCAGCAACUCCAUCGAUACAAUGAACGGCGCUUACUUCCUGACAUUCUCUAACCAACGCUGGCUGAGUGUGCGACUUGAUGUUGUAGCCGUUUGCCUUGUCUUUGUCAUCGGUGUCUUGGUUGUCACAUCUCGAUUCAACGUCUCACCAAGUAUCUCGGGUCUUAUUCUUUCUUACAUUCUCGCUAUCGCGCAAAUGUUGCAAUUCACCGUCCGCCAACUCGCUGAGGUAGAGAAUAACAUGAAUGCCACAGAGCGUGUCAACUACUACGGUACCGAGCUAGAGGAGGAGGCCCCAUUGACACUAGGCGUGGUCCCUGAGAGCUGGCCUGAAAAGGGUCACAUUGAGUUCAAAGACACCAAGAUGCGAUACAGAGCGGAGUUGCCCCUUGUCCUCAAGGGCCUCAGCAUGGACAUUCGCGGAGGUGAGCGUAUUGGAAUUGUCGGUCGCACUGGUGCAGGCAAGUCCAGUAUUAUGUCUGCGCUGUUCCGCCUUACAGAAUUAUCUGAAGGUACCAUCGAAAUCGACGGUGUUGACAUUUCGAAAAUCGGUCUUUUCGAUCUCCGUUCCCGACUAGCCAUCAUUCCACAAGACCCAGCUCUUUUCAAAGGCACAAUCCGAACCAACCUCGAUCCAUUCGAUGAGCACAGUGAUCUAGAGCUAUGGUCCGCACUCCGCAAGGCCUAUCUGAUUGGCGACGAAACCCUCGGUCCAGACACAGACGUGGUGCCUAGCGACCCUCCCACUGGCAUCUCAACGCCCAUCACAGGUAGCGACUCCAAGCCUCGACCUGGUAAACGCCUAACACUCGAGACCCCCGUCGACGAAGAGGGUCUGAACUUCUCCCUUGGUCAGCGCCAGCUUAUGGCUCUCGCUCGAGCUCUGGUCCGCGAUGCACGUAUCAUCGUCUGUGAUGAAGCGACUUCCUCUGUGGACUUUGAGACGGAUCAGAAGAUUCAAUAUACCAUGGCGCAGGGCUUCGAGGGUAAGACUUUGUUGUGUAUUGCCCAUCGUCUUCGUACCAUCAUUCACUAUGAUCGCAUUUGUGUGAUGGAUCAGGGUCAGAUUGCUGAGAUGGAUAGCCCCAUUGCGCUAUAUGAUAAGCCAGAUGGUAUCUUCCGUGCUAUGUGUGAGCGCAGCAGUAUCUCUCGACAAGAUAUUCUGGAUGAGAACUGA